AUGUUGACUUCUGAAUGGUCAGGGAGUGCCAGCACCCACGGCCUCACCAGUGCACCAGAGGAGAAAACCAACACUUCUCCAUCUACCGAGUCCAUCCCCUGGGAGACCAAGACUCCACUGCCCAUCAGUACAGAGGAGACUACGAACACUCACAGUCCCACAAGCGAGCCAUCUGAGACUACUUCACCUGAAACAGAGAUUAAUUUGACCAUCACCUCAGACUUCAGCUCUACUUUUCCAACCACUAAAAGCAAGUCCAUAAAGCCAACUGAGGUCUCUUCAUCUCACUCAACAGAAGUGCUCACCAUGACAGUCAGCAGCAGCACUGCGGGGCACACAGCUGGGACAGCUGGCCCUCCUGGAAGCUCUGACCUCCUGGGGACACACACAUCCAGUACCCCUUCACCCAGCCUGUGGACAAGUGCCAGGACAGUCAAAGACUUAACGGGAUCCCAGCACAGCAGCGGGACCGAGACAAGUCCUGAAACGCCUGCUCACAGGACCUCAGCAUUGACAGGUGUGCCAGCUUCUGCCACCACCUCAGACACCAGGUUUACAAGUUCUGCAGAGGUCUCUUCAUCUCAGGCACUGCAGGAAUCCUCAACUGGAGCGCUCACUACGGUGGUCAGCAGCGCCCCUGAAGGGCUCACUGCUGGGACAGCUGGCGCUGGGAGCUCUGACCUCCUGGGGACACACACGUCCAGUGUCCCUUCACCCAGCCUGUGGACAAGAAUGGACAACAAGGACUGUCCACCCCAUCACUACGUCCUCUGGGGUCAAAGACUCAAUGAGGAUCCCCACAACCAGCAUGUUGGUUUUGGGAUCGACCUCAGCAUUGACAGGUGUGCCAGCUUCUGUCACCACCUCAGACACCAGGUUCACAAGUUCUACAGAGGUCUCUUCAUCUCAGGCACUGCAGGAAUCCGUAAGCACUGGCCGCACGUCUGCAAGGUCCACCACUGGGAGACUAUCCCCAACAAGCUCUGA